AUGGACCAUAGUCAGAAGCUUAUCAAAGAUGCCAACGGAGGAACAGAUAUUCUGAAAACUUCCCACGGCCCCUGGAUACAAAAAGACUGGUUGAUCAAGACUUCAGUGUUCUGUUUAAUGAAGACACCUCCUCCAGACUGUUGCAGAAGUCGGAUGGGUUCUUCAAGCCAAAUGUCAUCAAGGAGGCAAAGCGGCUCACUUCAACACCUGAGUUAUGAAGUUUGGUCCACCUACGACCAAGAAAUAGCCUCCUUGUUGCUGCUCAGACAUCUCCUUCCAUCACCACCAGGAGGACAGAGGUCUCCCAGAAUCAGUGCCUGUGAUGCAGUGGAGAGACUUGUUGUCUUUCAUAAGUCCUGCUGCAGUUUGGAGGAACAUCUCCAGAGUCAGCUGGGUCGGCAGCCAUACCUCCUUGUUGUUGGGCGUCAGAGGAGCAAGAUUGAAAGCUUCUACAUUGUCAUGGAUAAGAGCCUCAUCCCAUGCCAGGCUAACCGAUCUCUUGGAGCAUUUGAUGAGUUAUUCAAAACACACUUUGUGUUUAAUGUCUCUUAUGACGCUGCACUGGUGAGUUUUUAUACAUUUCUCCAGACAACAGUGUAUAACAUUGAUGUAGUCAAAAUGAAGGAGUCACCCAGAGUUAGGGACUUGAGAGCGAGGCUGCUUAACCAGUCAGUUGUGCUCUUCUGUGAGUAAGUCAGGCUAAACAAUAUGUUGACCGGUUUUAUGUGUCAGAAACUGAUUCCAAGCAGUCAGCUGUUGAUUUCACAUUUAAGAGUUGAGCAUAGCUACUAUGCUAGGCCAAAGUUUAAAUUAUUUUGCUCUCAGCAAGGCUGCAGGCAUCAGUUCCUGACAUACGCAGGUUUUCGUAGGCAUCUUAAUAGUGUUCAUAGUGAUGUUAAGCAAGUUUCACAAAGUUCAGCUAUUGCAGGUUCACCAUAGCCUAGUGAACUAGACCAAAUUCUUGCUUUGCAAAGAAUGGUCUAGGCAUGCUCCAUUGGAACCUCUGCAGCUCCUACCAGGACUCUGGCUAGCCAAUCACAGCUCUCUAGAGGGGUUUCAAACACAUAAAGAGCUGUGAUUGGUCCAUAAUGGUAGGCCAGUCAUAGUGCUCUAUCUGCUUAGUGAACAAAUCACAGAGCUUUAUCCGCUUUGUGGGCCAAUCAGGGCACUCUAUAUGCCUGGUGGGUGGGAU